GUGAUAUCGAGCCAACAAGGGAAAUGGACAAGACACCCCAUUUUUCCCGAAUCAAGGAGACACCGGAGACGCUCAACCCAGUCACGGGUCGGAGCAUCUACUAUGGCAUGCGUCCAUGGCGGUGCGACGACCGUUUUCAAGACUGGCUCAAAGCCUUCACUUGCCUCGACGGCGUCACCGUGCAAUACAAUUUACUGAAGCGUUUCUUCCGGUGCGCCCGUUCCGAUGAAGGCCAGGAGCCGAUCGACAAUUAUCAUCGUCUGGGCCGCGGGGAGGUGAUGUAUUACGUGGAACGCUAUCAGAGUCGUAUGAUGCGGACCGGCGUGCUAGAGACGUACCCGUAUGAUCAAAACGAACUCCGCCGCAUCGCAGAGGAGGACGGGCUAAAGAUGCGCGUUUGGCGACACCAACGAGAGCUCGAGCUGGAAUCCAAAGAAGGAAAAAUUGACGAAGUCAUUCACAUGAACGUUAUGAAGCGCAACAAGCCGUCAACGUAG